UGAAGGUACGCGUGCGGCACGGAGGAACAGUUGAUGUCCGCGCGUCGGGGAAGGCGCAUCCGCUAACCGUUUGCGUUUGGUGACUUUAGUGUUCGAUAAAUUACGAGUGCUUUGAGGAUAACAUUACUUGUUCGUGAAACCGUCACUGAUCGAGACUGAGGGAUUAAAUAUUUCAAUUACAAAGUAGCUUCAAAUUAAGGAAAAUACAACAUGACUUCCACGCUGAGGUUUCAGUUGCUGAUCUGCCUGAUGGUGUAUGCGUCUAGCGUACAUUCUAUCAUGGUUAAGUACGGCACCAAGGAUGGGCCCAUAGAGCCACCGACGCCCGAACCGCUGCCUCCGCAGCAGCCGUACCGAGCGCCAGCUCCGGUCUGGGAAGAGAGAUCAGAUGAUUCUCCAGACCCUAAUGCCCAUUGGAAACCUCAGCUCUUCAUACCUCAGCCAAGAUACACACAGGUUAUCUUCAACCCACCCGCACCCACUCAGCAGCCGCUAAACAAUGCACAGCGCUUCGCCAACUCAUACAAACCAACAUAUCAACCAAUCAAAGCCCAGCCGAUUCGAGACUAUUUGACACCAGCUCAAAUACUCAGCUCUAGAAGCAUACCCGGCGUCGGAAUCCGCUAUUUCGUUCCAGCUUAUGUCAAUGACUUACAAGCUAGAAAGGACGACAAGAGGAAAGAAGAUGCCAAACAUAACGAUAUCGAAACGAAUGAAAUUAGUGAAACAAACCAAGAAUCCAGUUCUGAUUUACUUUGGCAAUAUGAAAAAGAAGCCACAAAAAGAACUCUUAGAAACACGUUAGAAGGCACAGCGAGAUCGAUCUAUGUGUGGCCGGCGUACGUGCAACCUAGGCAUUAAUAUGAAUUAGUUGUUUAUAUACUUAUAUUUUAAAUUAUGUAAACACCACAGAAGGUAAUUUGUAUUGGUAGAUGCAGAGAAAAUACCAGUAAUAGCAUUUUUAAUAUUGACUCACGCAUUAAAAAGAAACUUGAGAAGCAUUCAUACCUUUUUAAGUUAUAUUUAUCCUAGAUUUAAUGUGCAGGUCGUAAUAUAAUAUCUUUAUCGCCAGACAGUUUUUUUUUCAGAUUAUUUAAUCAUCUGCAGGUUAUAUAUGAAAUCAUAACAUAAAUCAGCUACAUGACAUAAAUCAUGUAUAUAGGAAUUCCUAACGUAUAUAAAUAAAAAAAUUCAAAAUCUCAAAACCUGGUGAUUAAUAUGAAUUAUACAAUAAUAAAAUUAUUAUAAUAGGAUUUGAUCUACAGUCAAAUUCAGACUAAAAAGGCAAAAAUUGUAAGGGUUGGGUCACAUACGACCUAUAUUUUGGUUUAACGCUUAAAAAGAUCAUAAUUUGUUUGAUGUGGUCUUUUAUAUUUAAGUUUUCUUAUAACAUAUUUAAGGAAUUAAAAAAUGAUUAUGAGUCCUACAAUGAUUUUUUUAUAAUCUGUGGUGUUUUAGUUAGCUAGUAUAAGAUAAAAGUGCCAGAAGUAAAUAUUUAUGUAAUAUAUAUAUGCAAAAUAUUUCUGUUAUUCUAUUGUUUUUAUUAUUAACUUUAUUAUUCAAAGUUGUUAUAUAUGUUACAAAUGAGUGCACUUUAACUCUAUGAUAAUAUAACAUCCAAGCUAUAUUUCAUUGACAAACGUGAAUCAAAAUGCUAUAAUUUAAAUUGUUUUUGUAUAAGUAUUAAAACUAAUACAUAUACAUAUUUACUUUUUGGAAUGGCGCAAACAUAAUACGUUACAUUAUUCACUGCUCAUUUGAAAUAUUGACCAUUUUAUACCGCUGAUUACGAAUAACUUGAAAUUUUAGUUGUGGGUUUAACAACAUAUUUAUUAAUACAUUUAAAAUUAUAAAAAUAUUUCUUUUUAUUUUAUUAAAUUUUGAUAUAAUUUUAUUGACACAAUUACCGACGAAAGUUUGUUUAUAAAAUUUGCUUACAAUUAAUAUAAAACAAACAUUUUCAUUUGAUUGGUUUACGAUUAUUGCAAAAUGCCUCAUUUUUGUUCAUUAUUUAUACUAUACGUUAAUGUAAUAAAAAUUUUAUUCAAAUUUAAUUUAUACUUAAUACAUCAAACACCCACUUAAAGGGCAAAACAUAAGCAAUAUUUAUAUCAAAACGGUGUAAAAUUAACUAAAAAUCCUUAAUGUAGAAAUACUGAUUGAUUUACGUUAAAAAUGCUAAUGUUUAACUUUAAAACACUAACAUUCUGUAAUAUAUUUGAUCACAUUAAUGUAUUUCUACUAUCAGUAGAACAAUUCUGUACCCCUGCUGAAAUCAAAACAGCUUGCUUUGCACAUUACAUGUUUUCUGUGUCUGUGUGUGAUAUUUUUUCUUUAUUAACUAUUUCAAUUAUAUUCUUUAUGACCAAAAUCAAUUUACAUUAACAUAAAAGAAGUGACAUUUAUGUAUAUUUAUUUUGUUAUAUAUAAAAAUCAUACGUAUUUCUAGUAAUUCAAUUUGUCGAACAUCGAAAAUGUUUAAUUUGAAAGAAUCAAUACAAUAAUACUACCCCUAUAGUCAUAGGGGUCGUAUUAUUUAGACUGCAUAAAAUAUUAAUUUAAUUUUGUAUUCAUGUUAUCACAAUAUAAUUAAUUUAUAUAUGAUAUUAUAUUAAUAUAAACACAAUAUAUAUUUUUAAUAUGAUAUGAAAUAUUCAACCUCUACACCAAUAUAGGUUCUUUGUAAUUGAAAUUUAGCUGUAUGAUUUUUGAAAGUUGAAUUCUUCAUAAUAUAUCGUAAUGUAUUGCGGUUAUAUAAAUAAGUAUUGUUCCUCAUUCAGUCAUUAGAUGACGAAUUAUUUUGUCGUUUACCCUAAAGAUACUAGAUGGAGAAAUGUCAUUAGGAAAAUAACAAAUGAAAUAACAAGGAAAUGAGAAGCAUGCCGCAAGACAUAUUGUUCAUACACAUCUUAGACUCAUACAUUUUAGUCUUGGAAGUCAAUUAGAAUUAUAAUACUUUCAUAAUGAUAUUUUUUUAUUAUUUACUUUAUUAAGAAGCGUUGUAUAGUGGUUGAACAGGCGGUCGAUGCUUUGUCUUUUUCUAUUUAAUGUCAAAUUACUGAUGCCAGACAGAGAAAAUCGGUGGUAAUAUAGCUCUCGCUAUACAAUGUUUAUUAGUAUGUAUAAUUUAGUUAAAUGGAUUAUGGAAAUCUAAUCGAAUUAUUUCGUACAUUCAAAAAAAGAAUAAACUUUAUACGUAUGAUUUUUAGAGUAGAAAUAAAUAUUACCAUACAAAAAAAAACAUGAUGUCAUAGGAUAUCACAUAAUUACAUAUACAACCAAUAUAUAAUACAUAAAUAAUGUAUUUGUCCCAAAAUCGAAAUACAAAUUUGUCGUUAAAAGUCGCGUGUUAUGUUUGCGCAGAACCUAAUUUAUUUUUAUUAUUGUGUUAUUUGAAGUCACAUAGCGUAAAUGAUUGUUACAUCUUGCCUUACUUUGUAUUUUUGUACAAUUUUUACAAAAGAAAAUGAUUUUAUCUUUUCAAUUCCGUUUAUUUUAGGUCUAGUGUAUGUGAUUGUUAUAUUUUUAACUUUUUAUUUUUAAGAUAUUAUUAAUGUUUCAUAAAUUUUCGCUUAGUUUUAUAAGAAUAGCAUAUGUAUAUAGAUAGCUAAUACAAAUAUCUUGCUUGUAAAUAUGUACAAUAAAAAAACAAUUGAAAUAAUA